CAACCAAGCAAUCAGCCAUGCGUAAAAGUGUCUAUGGCUUCCACAACAAAUGUUUCUUUUGAUCUCGAUUUUUUGCCCGGAUGCUCUUCUAAGCCAACUUAACCCUCCUCUUACUCAGGAGAGCUCCAGCCUCUCUUUGCACAACGUUUACGUACCCCCAUCGUUUCUAUUCACCAGCAUUAAACAGUGAUUCAAUUUCGUGCAGAUUGAACCGGUUGCCGUAAAGUAUUUCCGACAGUUACAGCAGCAGCAACAGAUAUGGUCGUUCCAUUACCUGUCUACACUCUCUACUCCUGGAGUUCAACCGACUGUAGCGCGACAAAGGUCUUUCUCACUGCCCGGUUUAUAUAUCUUGGCCAGAAUUUCGUAGCUGAAUCCUCCAAUCGCCGGAGACCCAACAACAGCUCCCAUCUUGUUUUUUUCUUUUUUAUUCUGUAUUUCCUUCCCUUUUUUCCUUUAUCUCCUCAGGCCUUCAAUCUUUAUUUUUACCGAGCUAGCCUGGGCAAUUUUAGAUAAGUAUAUAUCUCAUGCAUGUAACGAACAAUGAUGCCAGCUUUAUCGAUCAGCAGGAGCCUCAUCCAAUCAAACGAUAGUAAUUGAGUCGUCCACAGCAUAAGAAGUGUAUGUACAAUGACACUGUGUUGUCAUUGUAUACGUAACUCAUCUAAAAACAGUGAUGAACGAUUCCGUUUGAUGCACUUGCGUAGCUUGAGUAUUCUCGUCAGGAAUCAAAAGAAAGAUAAGGGGCCUUGGAUUCUAUUUCAUCGUCGCCGGCAAUGGCCGUAAAUCUUUUUCUUUUUUCUUUUUUUUUUAUAUCGCUUAAUUACAAAUCAAGAACGGUGGGUCGCGAUCCACAUUUUACUUAAUUGUUCGACCAAUGAUAGAUCUACGAUAAAA